GAGCAGCAGAGGUGAAGAUGGAGCUGCACACGCGACUAUCCUCCUGUCUCUGAGCUAAAAUGCAGAUCUUUCUGAAAAUCUAAUAGUUCUGAGGACUUGUAAAGGACAAUGUUGAGAUUCAGCGUGCAUGUGUGGAUGCUACUGUUGCUUUAUGCAGGCACUUUGUUCGGUGACGACAUCAAUGGAUGUGACCAGCAGCCAUGCCAAAAUGGUGGUGUGUGUGAGAGCCACAAUGGAGGAUUCCGUUGCCUUUGCUCCCAGCAGAGCCAAAGUGGGCGCCUAUAUGGCGGCGAGAACUGCACAGUUGCACUUUCAGGCUGCGAUGGCAACCAGUGCGAGAACGGAGGAAUAUGCUCUCCGUUGCUCGUAAACGAUCAUCACACUUACACUUGCAUCUGCCUUGCAGGCUUCACAGGCUCCAAAUGCCAAACUCCCACCAUCUUCUCCUUUGAGUCCCAAGGCUACAUGUACAUAGAGACCCAGCUGCUGGACCCAGAAGCCCCUCUUAAUGUCACGUUCAGCUUCAAGACAGACAGAGCGAAUGGUACUCUCUUGCAGCGCAGAGUGGACGACCUGCUCCUCAGCAUCGAGCUCGUGGAUGGACGCCUCUGCCUCCUCAGCCUGAGAGGUCAAGGUUCCAGCACCAUGGUUCAAGAGCUUCCAGAGUAUUUGACCGACAACAAGUGGCACACGGUUGAAGCAUCGCUGGGCGGCGUGGUCAGUCUCAUCAGGCUGCUGUGCGCUGAAGGAAGCUGCACCAGAGACCCCAGCAGUGAAGUUCAGCUGCUUGAACAAGCUUCCACUCUGCCAGAGCCAGGAGCUGUUCGUCAGAGCCUCUUCAUCGGGUCAGUCGGAGGGAAUUGGACUUUGGGCAGAGCGGUGGAUGAAGCAGAAAACCCGCCUGCUUUUCUGGGCUGCUUCAGAGACGUGUUUGUGGACUCACAUCUGGUGCUGCCUGUUAAAGCACCAGAAGAAUCAGGAGUCCAAGCAAACAUGACGGUGGGAUGCAGCGACAAAGACAAAUGCAUCGAGAGUCCGUGUCAGAACCGAGGACGUUGUGUGAGCCAAGGCUGGAGGAGGCACAUGUGUGAAUGUCACAGGCCAUAUGAGGGAAACAACUGUGCUGAAGAAUAUAUCACUGCAAGAUUUGGGAGCAAUGACCUGGAGAGUUACGCUGUAUUCUCAUUAGACGACGACCCCGGUGACUCCCUGAUUAUAUCCAUGUUCCUUCGCACCAGACAGUCCAGCGGCCUCCUCCUCAUCCUGGCCAACAGCACCAGCCAGUACCUCCGCCUGUGGCUGGAAGACGGCAGGGUGAAAAUUCAGAUCAACAACUUUGAGACCCUCGUCGGUCGGAGUGCGGUCAGUGACGGACACUUCCACCUGGUGACGCUGAAGCUGGAAAGAACGGCAGCCACCUUAUUCCAGUCAGCCCAAAACCAGGGCUUCAUGCCCAUCAGGCACGUGGAAGUCCAUCCUGGAGAUCUGGUGUUUGUUGGGGGGCUUCCAGACUCAAGGGCCUCAGCUUCCUUUGGUGGCUACUUUAAGGGAUGCGUGCAGGACCUGAGGAUUAACAGCAAACGCCUGCAGUUCUAUCCAAUAGCUACUCCAGUGGAGUCGUACAACCUACAGGAGGUCAUCGGUGUUGCAGAAGGAUGCAGCAGUGACAACGCCUGCGCUAUCAAUCCUUGCCUCAAUGGGGGAGUGUGUUACUCCAUGUGGGACGAUUUCAUCUGCAACUGCCCCCCCAGUACUGCAGGGCAGCGCUGUGAGGAGGUGAAAUGGUGCGAGCUGUCUCCCUGCCCUGCCACUGCUGUUUGCCAGCCCCUCUCUCAAGGCUUUGAGUGUUUGUCUAAUGUGACGUUCCGGCUUGAAAGCAGUGUUCUGCACUUCCACAGCAAUGGAAACAUCAAGCGCAGUCUCACCAGCAUCUCCUUCAGCUUCCGCACAAGACAGUCUGCUGCCACUUUACUUUACGCACAAAAGGACUCAGACUACCUCACUGUCUACCUUCUCAACUCUCAUCUGGUCAUGGAGCUCCAAAAAGAUGCCCUCACGGUGUCAGUUCAAAGCCCAGGUCCGAUCAGUGAUGGAGAGUGGCACAUGGUGAAGCUCAGCAUGGACAACCAGACUCUGAACUCCAAGUGGAUGAUGGCUGUGGAUGGAGGUAAGGAGGAGUUGUCCAAAUCAUCUGGAGGGGAUCUGGGGUUUCUCAGGGAGGGAGCAGACGUCUUCCUGGGGGGACCGAGCCUGGACUCUGGGGGGAACCUGUCUGGCUGUCUGGGUCCUGUGGAGAUCGGAGGUCUUCUUCUUCCUUUCCACCUGGAUACUGAGCUGAACCUCCCCAGACCUCAGGAGGAGCAGUUUGUGAGGAUGAACAGCAACGCCGCUCCCCGAUUCGGCUGCUGGGGAGCCACAGUUUGUUCGCCCAACCCCUGCCAGAACGAGGGUUUGUGUGACGACCUGUUUGACCUGCAUCAGUGCACUUGUUCCCCCGAGUGGACGGGACCGCUGUGUAAAGACCCAGCAGACCCCUGCAUCUCCAGCCCCUGCAUCUAUGGCGCCUGUACCAACCUACCGAGUGGUUUUAAGUGCGUUUGUGAGCCAGGGUACAGCGGUGAGCAAUGUGAGGCAGAAGUUGACAUAUGCGAAAACAGUAAUUGCAGCCACGGCGCCACGUGCCUCAAAGGCCUCCUGAGCUACACCUGUCUCUGUCCUCAGAAUCUGACCGGCCAAUACUGCGAUGAGAAAAUCCCUGAAAUCCCAUGGUACAUUGAAACCAAUCCACUCCCUCAGUUGCCUGUAGCUACAUGCCAGGGUACCAGAUGGAACUACAACUGCUUUAAUGGAGGAAACUGUUCUGAAGGAGACAACGCUUGUUACUGCCUGCCUGGUUUUACAGGACAGUGGUGUGAGAAGGAUGUGGAUGAAUGUCUCUCAGACCCGUGUAUGAACGGAGGCUUCUGUAUCAACUACGUGAACAGCUUUGAGUGUGUGUGCGACUUAAACUACUCAGGAAUACACUGUCAGAUAGAUGUCAGCGACUUCUACCUGUACCUCUUCCUGGGCCUGUGGCAGAACCUCUUCCAGCUGGUGUCCUACCUUGUGAUACGCCUCGAUGACGAGCCAGAGAUUGAGUGGGGAUUCCACGUCAAUGAUUAGAGCCGUCUUUGUGUAAUAUGAUGAAACUGGAGUAAACUGGGUGUAGAAUGUCGCACUGAAGCACUUUAGAACCCAUUAUAGUCCCCAAAAAUAAUGGAAUGCACAACUGGUAACAACAGUGGUUCACUUGGAGGACAGCGACAACAUGUUUUAGCUUCAUGAAUGUCUUCCACAUAGAUGUGGUGAGUAAAUAUACCGAUCAGGCAGAACAUUAUGACCACUGACAGGUGAAGUGAUUAACACUGAUCAUGGCACCUGUUGGUAUGUUGGAUAUAUUAGACAGCAAGUGAACAUUUUGUCCUCAGUGUUGAUACAGGAAAAAUGGGCAACUGUAAAGAUUUGAGCGAGUUUGACAAGAACCAAACUGUGAUGGCUCGAUGACUGGGUCAGAGCAUCUUGUAGGGUGCUCCUGGUCUGCAGUGGUCAGUAUCUAGCAAAAAUGGUCCAAGGACACUUAGUGUUGAACUGGCGACAGGGUCAUGGGCGGCCAAGGCUCAUUGAUACAUGUGGGGAGCGAAGUCUGGCCCAUGUGGUCCGAUCCAACAGAUGAGCUACUGUUGCUCAAUGUUAAUGCUGGUUCUGAUAGAAAGCUGUCAGAAUACACAGUGUAUCACAGUUUGUUGCGUAUGGGGCUGCAUAGCAGAUCAAUCAGGGUGCUCAUGCUGACCCCUGUGCACUGACCAAAGUACCAACAAUGGACAAGUGAGAAUAAGAUCUAGAUCAUGGAGCAAUGGAAGAAGGUGGCCUGGUGUGGUGAAUCACGUUUUCUUUUACAUCACAUAGAUGGCCGGGUGCGUCGCUUACCUUGGAAACACUUGGCACCAGGAUGCACUAUGUUACUUGGACACAUACCACCUAGCUAAGCAUUGCUCUAGACCAUUUCCACCCUUUCAUGGAAACCGUAUUCCCUGACAACCAGUCUGAGGUGUUGACUUGGCCACCAAAUUCCCCAGAUCUCAAUCAAAUCGAGCAUCUGUGGGAUGUGCUGGACAAACAAGUCCAAUCCAUGGAGGCCCCACCUCGCAACUUAAAGGACUUAAAGGAUCUGCUGACAACAUCUUGGUGCCAGAUACCACAGCACACCUUCAGGGUUCUAGUAGAGUCCAUGCCCUGACAGAUCAGGGCUGUUUUGGCAGCAAAAGGGGAACCAACACAUAAUUAAGCAUGUGGUCUUAAUGUUUUGCCCGAUUGCUGUAUUUCCACCGACAGUCUACCAGUAAUCUACUUCGUGGCCUGUUGUGAUUUAGCUAUGAAACAGGUAUAUCUAUAUUACACUUACUGUCAAGUGCAGCAUUCACAUAAUCAUCACUGCAAAACCACUGAAUACAAGUUUUGUCUGCAAACAAGAGGCUUGUUCCCAGUGUGCACUCCUUAAGUUGAGACUGUUGUGACCAUAUUUUAACAAAAUUAUACCCAUGAAGGUUUUUCUGAUCUCAGCUUGAGAAUAAUCGGUUAAUACUGGGGGUUGACUGAUUAUCAGAUCUGAUAUUUGCUGAUAUGAUUGUUAUUUUUUUAAUCGACUCCUGAGAAAUUAAUUUUAAAAUGAACUUGAAACUCAAACUGGCUACACAUCUUCAGUAUCAGCCUAUCAACAAUCAUGGAUAAAUGCUUAAAAGUUCACUUUUAUUUUAUAUUUUUCAUUUAAACAAAGGCACUUUAAUGAGCAAAUUCUGACAAGAUUUUAAUUUUUAUUGAAGAUAUAUACCGGUUUCAAAUACGAGUUAUCAGUCUCCUUGAUUAUUAAUAAUCAGUCGACUCCUAAUUAACACAAAGAGCGAGUUCACAAGACCAGAAUAGAAAAACAGUGGCAGUGAAUAUACAUUAUAUGUGAAACUGUAUUUUACUUCAUCUAGCAUACAUAGAAAUGUAUUUGGUAAUAUUACUUGUUGCACAUUGUUUAUCACAGUAUAAUAAUCAGGGUCUCAUACUGAAAACCUCACAUUAGAGAACUCUUCAUGUGCCUUAAAGGUCCACUUUUUAUCUAGAGCACUGCUUUCUCGUCAGUGCAUUUUUGUAACUGUUCAGGGAUCUGCUGACAUAAAGUUAUAAUGUUCUGGAGAUUAAGAAAAUUCCUGUCUGUAGUUAGAAUGCUGGAUGUUUAUAUGUAUUUAUGUACCCUCAUAUAAUCUGAUGAAGGUUGUUCUGCAUGCAAUGCAUACAGUACUUGACAUUUAAAAGGAAAACAUCAAAUAAACUUGAAAUGUUUGGAAAA